GAGAGAGAGAGAUAUUUAUAUGUCAGAGAGAGAAACAAGGCCUCUGCAAUUCCAAAUUCUAUGUCUUGUUCUUUUUAUCUCUUUUCAAAGAGAACAAAAUUGCAUGCUUUGAUUUCAGCUUCUUCUUCUUAACCAAAUUCCCAUCAUUUUAAUGGUGUUUUCUUUGACAAAAAAUGAAACAAAAUCUCUGUUGCCAACUUUAGGGAACUGCAACCUUGUAACAAAGUCAGUUCAUUUAGAACAGAUAUCAGUUACAGCACCAGUUCUUUUAACAAAAGAAAAGAGUUGUCUUUGUUCUUCUGUUAUGUUCGUUUCAGUCUUCGUUACAAAGGUUGUUAGAUUCAUUUUUCCUUUCCAAAGUCUUGUUUUGUAAAUCACGAGAUUUGUUUGAUUUUAAGAAUAGUUUAUUCGUGUUAGAAAUCUUGAAGUUUUUGACUUCUAAAGGGGGAGUGGGUGUCUCUCUUUUCUUAUUUUCUCUUCCAAUUUGGUGGUUUGAUUGAGAGUGCCCCAUUGGAUACGCAAUUGGUACGCUGUAUAGAGUCCUAAUUCUACCUCUUCUUCCUUUUGCUUCAUUUUCCCGAGAAAACGAUGGACACGGAAAAUCCAAAGUUGGAUUUGGCAUCUUCCUACGACGGUCGUGGGUCGGAAGAGAAGAUAUCCGCACAAAAGGUUUCAGUUUCGGAUCAUAUCAAUGGAUUUCAAUACACAACCGAUAAAUCCGAUAGCUUUGUUAUUGACAUGGAAAGUUUCUCUCUUGGAGGAGCCAAUAAGGAAAUGAAUCCAAAUUCAAGAAGCACAAAAUUGCAGAGAAGCCUUUCUCGAAAAGGGUCUCAGCGUGGGGACAAGAAGAUUAUUACUCCCAAUUGUACUAAUUCUAAUUCUAGUUCCACCCUCAAUGAUAGAGGUUCUUUUGUUGCCACCUCCUCCUCACCCAGAGGUUCUAGCACGCCUGAAAAGCCAACGAUGGUGGCUCUAGGGUCCACUGAUCAUGACAACAACCCACAAGUUCAUCAUCAGAUCACCAUUACGACCGGCAAUAUCACCGCUGCAACUGAAAGCAGAUUUAGUCUAAGGAGAAAUAGUUUCAGGCGGUCUCCACCCCCAUGGCUACUAGAUCCCAAGAGGAUUCUCUUUCUCUUUGCCACACUGUCGAGCAUGGGAACAAUUUUGCUGAUAUACUUCACCUUGUCAAUUAGCAAAAUGAAUGGAGAUGAGAAUGCUUUAGAUUAGUAGCUGGAACUACACUCACCAACUUAUUGCUUAUUAAAAUAUGUUGCAAUGUAGCAUACACAUGGAGGUUCAAUACGUGACAAAUAGAAAUGGAUACGACUGGUUGAUGGUAAGGCUCUUUUUUUGGUAUGAAUCUCUUCUUUUGAUGAGAACUAUAUAUCCAGGUAGUGAAGAACAAAAAGAAAGAAGAAAAGACAAAUUGGGGAACGAUAAAAGCUAAUCAACCUUCCAUUAAAAUGGCUUCAAAUUUAGCAGUUACCAACUUUUUGUGGCUCCUAGAAAAAUUUUGGAGAAGAGGACAAGUACUUGUUACACUGUCACAAAGAGAUGGAAUCUUCCCUUUUUAAUUAAAUAUACAUAUUUGUAUAGAGAUGAAAAAACAUGCUAUGUUACCUUUUUGUGCUUUCUAGUUUAUCACCACAGUCGAUAGAAAUGAAAUGGAGGAUCAGAAAGUUA